GCGGGACGGCGGUCAGGAGCGCGCGCCGGGCCAGGACGGCCGACGUCGGGUUCAGGUGCGCGCGCGCCGCCCCGCCCGCCCGCGCGGCCCAGGUGGCGGCCCACAGCUCCAGGUGGCGGUGGCCCCCGGCGGCUCUGCUCUCUGAGUCGGUGGCGGCCUCGUGAUCGGAACGAAAUGGAAGAAAAAGAGCGAUGUGACCAAAUCCUUUCACUCCUCCCGCAUUGAGGCCUAGUUGGCAUUUGCAGAGAGGAAAAAAAGACAUCAAGAAAAUCGGGGGUUCUUUUGAAAGGGGGGCGGGAGGGGGGCUGUGCAAAAGGGCAAACAACAUCGCACAUUUUAUAUGGUUUUUCUUUUUAAAAAAUUCUGCACUUUGACAGGGCUAGCAAUAUCAACUAAAGUUAUUUUUCUAUUGAGAAGAGGUGGAUUUUUUUUCCCUCCCCCUUUUGAUUGCAAGCAACCGUUUCUCCCAGUGACAAAGCAUAAAUUAUGGACACCAGAAAAUAAGGUGGACCUCAGGAAUCCUGAAAAGACAGCAGUGUACAUCUUCCUCUGGAGGAAGAGUGGGGUGUUUUCAGCCCUCUCUUGGACCCCAACACGAAAAACAAAAAACAUGAGCUGCAUGCCAUGGAAAGGAGACAAGGCCAAAUCUGAAUCCUCAGAGCUGCCCCAGGCGACACCUCCCCAAAUCUACCAUGAGAAACAGCGCCGGGAGCUCUGUGCCCUCCACGCCCUCAACAACGUCUUCCAGGACAGCACCGCCUUCACGCGGGAAACACUGCAGGAGAUUUUCCAGAGAUUGUCUCCAAACACCAUGGUGACACCCCACAAGAAGAGCAUGCUGGGAAAUGGAAACUACGAUGUGAAUGUCAUUAUGGCAGCACUUCAAACCAAAGGCUAUGAAGCUGUUUGGUGGGACAAGCGCAGGGACGUUGGUGUCAUCGCCCUCACUAAUGUCAUGGGCUUCAUCAUGAACCUGCCCUCCAGCCUGUGCUGGGGUCCACUCAAGUUGCCUCUCAAAAGGCAGCACUGGAUCUGUGUUCGAGAGGUGGGAGGUGCAUACUACAACCUCGACUCCAAACUCAAGAUGCCAGAGUGGAUUGGGGGCGAGAGCGAGCUCAGGAAAUUUCUAAAAUACCAUUUGCGAGGGAAGAACUGUGAACUCCUGCUGGUGGUACCAGAAGAGGUAGAAGCCCAUCAGAGUUGGAGGGCUGAUGUGUAGUCCAGUUCUACCCAGCCUGCCUCUUGUCUCAACCCUCAGCCCUCUGUGACGUGGGGUAGCCCGUAAGUGGGUCUGCCCUGACCAGUUGCCCAAACAUCUCAUUGAGUUUCCCCUUCAGAUAUGCCAGUGCAGUAGGACAGAUGUGUGGACUGUUCUAAGAACCACCCAGUUUUGUCUGUGCCUGGGAAGGAAGGUAGGAGCUCGGAGCACUUGGGGAAAGCCAUUGAAAGAGAGCCUUUGUUGUUUCAGAGAGGCAAGGUGAGCCUUGCUGAUUUUUCCUUUUGUGAGCGCUUAAUCGAGGUUCUGCUCCAGUUGUCAUUGCUGCUUCAGGCUCACAGAGAGGCCUCUUGCCUCCCCGGUGGCACGUGGGUCUGAAGACACUGAGAACCCAGUGGCUGACUCAAAGGACCCAGAGCAUAAUAAGUGUCUCAGGAAACCGUCUCCAAAACCCAGCAGGGGUACUGCAUGCCACCUGCGGCCUGUACCACCCCUUAUCCCAUUUUCUCUCUCCCAGCUGGCGCUCUACACUUGAGCCAUGCCUCCAGCCCAUCCCCUCACCCCAUUUUAGAGAGUGGUUUAUGGUCAUUACGAGAAGCCAGCAUUCUGGCAAGGCAAAGGUGGGAGAUUCCCCAAGGGAAUGUGGCCAAAGCCACACAGGAUGUCAUGGGUGGUUUAAUUCACUCCAGUUUUGUCCCUACUAUUUCACAUUAGAUAGGACGCUCUGGGCCGAAAGAUGAGACAACUUUUCCAGUUGGCCCAUUCUGGCAAAAUUCAAAGAAAUUCCACUAAUUGGGCCAGAGUUGGGUGAGGAAAGUGGUGUUAAGUUCUAUGUUUAAGAGCAGUCCUGGGCUCAGAGGCUGUGACUGACAGUCACAGAGGUGAGGUACAUCAGGUAGUGUCCUUUUUGGUCAACCGAGGACCAGCCCGCCCCUACCUCUUGAGAUAGUUGUACACACUCUUCUCCUGUCACUUUGGAAAACAUGGCAGCAGAAAUAUGCAUCUGGCCAUCAUGACAGUGGCUGUGGGUGCAAGGCAGGUGGGCAUGCAGGGGUGGGCAGGCCAGCCCUUAACAGAUGUGUAGUCUUGGGCCUGCAUGUUGGUCCUGAGCAAGCUUAGUGGGGGGAAGCUGGGGCUCCCUGCCCCCGUGACUGGAGUGCAUGUUUACACCAGCACUUUUUCUGCACAUGUAUCUUCAAUCCGAGGCUGUUUUUUAUGCCGAAUCGUUUAACAAGAGGCCCAAGAGGCUACUCAUUAUGCUCUCCCAGCAGCUGGCCGCAGUCUCUUCUGCUCCCUUUUCUUACCCCAGACCUGCUUGGCACCACAGGGAGCUCUCUACCCCUGCACAAUGACAUUCCAAUACCACCAGCCACAAGUUACAGCCAACACUGCUGAUUGUCACAAGCAGGACCUUGGGUCCACUGGCACUGUCAGUGAUAGUAAGCCAUUUCUUGGGAAGAGGAAGCUCCUCUCCACAAACUGCUUGGGCCCGUGCAAACAGCACUUCAGAGGACUCCCGUGCACGAGAAGUCCAGGAGCCAGUGGGAUAUGCAAAGACGCUUCAACAUUUCAGGGCUGGUUUCUCUGUUCAUAUCCAAUUCUGGUGCUUAGGAACAGGGACCCAUGCUGAUGCCCAAGGGCAAAAAGCCCCACCUCCUUUAAAGAAGUGGGCAGGUCUGACCCUGAUGCCCAGUAAGGGCAACCCUAGGCUUUGUUUUUCUUGCUUUUAUUCCCUGUUUUUUGUUGGCCUUGUGCUGGGUUUGUUUACAAAGAUGUAUUUUGUUUAACCAAAUAUUAAAAAUGGAAAACUCUGUAACUCU